UAUCAACCUCUUCAAUUCCACACAACUCAUGAUCCGCAGUAUCCUAUCUAUUCAAUCCUUAUUUCACAAGGCUAGUUACAAACUUGAAUCUUUAGCAGUAUCGAGUACAGUUCACAAGAAAUGCACCAUUGAAUAAUGGUUGCUGGAUAUGUGCACUUUCUCUUACAUGUAACGAAGUACUACGGCCAUAAGCGUGAUGAUUAUCUUCUCGUCUUAGUUAGUUUUUUUUUUUUUUUUAGUAUUACCCUUUCGGCCCUUCUCAAGAAUCGGGCAGUGCCCCAGUCUUACCUUAUGUAGUUAGAACUCAUCCACAUAGGGCAGGCGUCCGGUUAGCUAAGACAGAUCAAG